GACAGAUUCGACUUCAGAUUGAGAGUAUUCAAGAUGGCUGACACAGCUUCGAGGUAAAGGGCCCUCUCUGAAUUUCCUCAUCUGUGUUGAGGCUGGUGUGUGAUAAGUGCUGCUGUCACCAUGUCCUCCACCUCCUCCUGCUACUCCUCCUCGGGGGAAACCAGCCCAGAGGAUGUGCCCCGCGGAGGGGGUACAAUUCGAGUCUACCUCCCCAACAAGCAGAGAACAGUGGUUAAUGUUCGUCAGGGGCAGACUGUGUACGAGAGUCUAGAUAAAGCCCUCAAAGUCAGAGGCCUGAGCCAAGGAUGCUGCGCUGUGUUCCGCCUGUUAGAAGGGCGGAAGAGGCUCACAGACUGGGACACAGACAUCACUCCUCUGGUCGGGGAGGAGCUCUUAGUCGAAGUCCUAGAUGAUAUUCCACUUUCAAUGCACAAUUUUGUACGUAAAACUUUUUUCAAGCUGGCUUUUUGUGAUUUUUGUCACAAGUUUCUUAACGGCUUCCGGUGUCAGACGUGUGGCUAUAAGUUUCAUCAGCACUGCAGUAGCAAGGUUCCUACUGUGUGUGUGGACAUGGACACAGUGACCAAAAUUAAGAUUGACGCCCAGCCCUAUGUAGAUGCGUACCCUCAGAUCAUGCUGCCAGAACAUUCCCCUUCACAGAGCAACCUCGACUUUGUCCCAGAUCCUUCCGGGAUGGACCUGCUCUCCCCGACCUCGGCCUUCCCCUUCCCCCUGCCUGGUGCAGAGGGUCAGUCUUUACAGAGGCAUCGCUCCACCUCCACCCCCAAUGUGCACAUGAUCAGCACGGUCGGCCCCGUAGGAGUCAUACGAGAGGAAACUCUACGAUACAACAACACAAUAGGACCUGAGCCUUCGCCGAAACUGUCCACCAGCCCCCCCACCUCCCUGGGCUCCCCGGGCAGAAGACCCCCCAAGUCCCCCUCCGAGCACAAGGAACGCAAGCCAUCCUCCUCAGACGACAAAAAGAAAGUGCAACGAGGAGGGAUUCGAGAUUCGAGUUACUACUGGGAGGUGCAGUCCCGGGAGGUGACCAUCCAGAAGAGGAUAGGGUCUGGCUCGUUUGGGACAGUGUACAGAGGAAAGUGGCACGGAGAUGUGGCCAUAAAAAUCCUCAAAGUAACUGAGCCCACACCGGAGCAGCUACAGGCCUUCAAGAAUGAAAUGCAGGUUCUACGGAAAACCCGACAUGUGAACAUCCUGCUGUUUAUGGGCUACAUGACCAAGCCCAACUUUGCCAUUAUCACGCAGUGGUGCGAGGGCAGCAGCCUGUACCGCCACCUGCAUGUCACUGAGACCAAGUUUGACACCAUGAGGAGGAUCGACGUGGCACGGCAGACCGCUCAGGGCAUGGAUUACCUUCACGCCAAGAACAUCAUUCAUCGGGAUCUCAAAUCAAACAACAUUUUCUUGCACGAGGGCUGGACAGUGAAGAUUGGGGACUUUGGUUUGGCCACAGUCAAGUCUCGGUGGAGCGGCUCACAGCAGGUGGAGCAGCCCAGCGGCUCCAUUCUGUGGAUGGCUCCCGAGGUGAUCCGGAUGCAGGACCCAAACCCCUACACAUUCCAGUCGGAUGUUUACGGAUAUGGAGUCGUGUUGUUCGAGCUCAUGUCAGGAACGCUGCCUUAUUCCAAUAUCAACAACAGAGACCAGAUCAUCUUUAUGGUCGGCAGAGGCUUCGUGUCCCCAGAUCUUAGUAAACUGUACAGUACUUCUCCAAAGUCCAUGAAGAGGCUGAUCUCAGACUGUCUCAAGUUCAAAAGAGACGAGAGGCCACUCUUCCCACAGAUCCUGGUCGCCAUAGAGCAGGUGCAGGACAUGCUGCCAAAGAUCGAGCGCAGUCGGUCGGAGCCGUCUCUGCACCGCGCCGUCCACGCCGAGGACCUCAACCCGCUCCUGCUCAACACCACCAGGUUUUUGGCCCUCUAAAGACCCCCUACCACCUGCACAUGCCUCCAGCACCCUGCCCCCAGCACCUGCUGCCCUCAGCACCGGGCACCUACACGGGGUUGCCCCUCUGCGCACACCCCAGAGGAACCAGAGACCCCACCCCUGCACCUGGAGCACUGGGCACUCAAACUCUGUAACAAACUGCAAAUAUUGUUUUUAUAUGAAUGUAGGUCUACUUACAUUGAAUCAAAUGGAGUGAAACGACAAGACUGCGAAAAUGUAAAAGGCACAAUAGUGGAGCUGCUAAGUGUAGUGCAAAAGAGUUUCCAAAAUGACUAGCUCUUCAGGAACCUGGCAUUAAAAUGUUAAAGGUAAAAAUCUUGACUUUUGUUUGCCCAGCAGAGGGUGUAAUAGUACAACUGUUAAGUUCAUGCUGCUUUCUGACCCUAUCUUUGCCUGGCAAGUCCAGAAUGAUAUCGUCCUCUAUUUUUUAUCCAGAGAGGUCACUUCUCCCUCUGUUGCAUCUCGAGCCAGGGCUGAACAUGAUCCUCUUGACACAUGUGAUGCGUCAGAGCUCAUUGGUUACCCAUCAUUCACAAAGUAAACAGCAAGGUCUGUGAUGUUGUUCAGUGUCCUGUGAUAUUUUUUUUCUUCCGUUUUUUUCCUCAUAAGCAGCCAAAUUUGUUCUGAUUCGGAGAGACCAUGCAUGUCCCUGAUUGGCUAAUCCACCUGUCAGUCACACCCAUCUGAUAACAGGAGAUUCACUGGUGACUCACAUCUUCACAUUGGAGAAGUGUAAAUUCUAGAUCCCAGAAUGUUUUUUUAUUGUAAAAGACAGCUCUGAUCAAAACAGCACAAAUUUCAGUUCAAUUUUUAAAAUGAAUUGCAUUUUGAUGCCAGGUCAACAGGGGGCGCUAGUCUGCCGCAAAUCUUUACUUCACAAGAGAAGCUUUACGUUCUACUGUUAAAAAGGAAAAAAAAAAAAAAGGCUGACAAAAUAAAUCCAAAAUUUCAAAGUUGACACAAAUUUCAAGAUCAAAUGUGGAAUUUCAACACCCAAAAUUGUAAGUGACUGCAGAUCAGUAGCUUAUAAUAUUGUUUUAUCACCAGCAUAAACAAUGGCAGUAAGAGGCCAGUACCAGUCCCCAUUGUAGACAUCACAAAACAUUUCGGUAUGUUUUUUUUUUUUUUUUCUUACCAUAUUGAAGAAUAGACUUUUAAGCAUUUACUAUAAUUAAUGUGGUGGGAUCCGUUUUUUGUUUUUUUUUUUAUAAAUGUUCAGUCUUAAUGUAAACAGUUUGUUGUUUUGCUGCUAUUUGAGAUUGAGUUUUGAAAGUUACUGGUCAAUGUGUUUUGUCUAUGGGUUAGUCUUAAAAACAAGAUGAAAAAUAAUUACUGUAGCCAUCUGGACUCAGUUGUCAAUACGGUAAAGGGCUGUCAAUGAUUUUUGUGAUGUUUUUAUUAAUUUAACCAUGACAGAUUUUAUACAGAAAAUUCAUCACUUAUUGUGUCAUUAAUUAAAACAAAUUCCCCUUACAAAACUAUCAAA